GCAUCUUGAGACUAAGCGCCGAGCGCGGGGCGUUUGACCACAGUGGCGCCAUCAUCACAGAUGAGGUUACAUCCAGCAGUGCCGCCCUUGAUAGUGCAGAGGAAGAGCAUGGAGAUGGGCACGGCGAACCGGGUGGAGGAGACACCCACCCGGACACGCACAAG